UGAUUCCGUAUGAGACGCCAUUUCCUUUUCCGUCCCCAAGGAGGCUUCGUUGUUUGUGCGGGGUCUCCAUCUUUCUCUGGAGUUGGAAAGAAAAUAAGUGUAAAUAAAGUGGUGAUAGGGGACGAAAUAAUCAAAACAUGAGUUCAUAUUUGCAAGUGGCUGAAGAUGAAAAUGAAGAACCCAUAGAGUUGCCCACUGAAGAAGAUGGCACUCUUCUUCUCACGACAUUGGCGGCCCAGUUCCCAGGGACUUGUGGAUUGAAAUACCGCAAUCCGGAGUCUCGUAUGAGAGGAGUUCGUCUUGUAGAUGGCCGGUUACAUGCUCCUGAUGGCAACUGGGGGAGUAAUAUUUACUUCUGCGUCUUUCCGAAGGAGAACAAAAGAAAGUCAGAUGAUCACUUGGAAAAUUCUACACCAAAGACUAAGAGAAUGGAAACUAAAAUGAAAUGUUCAGAUUUAAUUGUUUUGGGUCUACCAUGGAAAACUUCUGAGCAACAGCUACGGGAGUACUUUGAAUCAUUCGGAGAAGUCCUAAUGGCACAGGUCAAGAAAGAUCCCAAGACAGGACAGUCGAAGGGAUUUGGUUUCAUUCGGUUUGGAAGUUACGAGGCUCAAAUCAGAGUACUUGCGCAGAGACACAUGAUUGAUGGAAGAUGGUGUGAUGUGAAAGUUCCCAACUCUAAGGACGGCCAGAUGAUGCAGGUGCCAUGCAAGGUAUUUGUGGGCCGGUGCACAGAGGAUCUCCAGCAAGAUGAUUUGCGUGAGUAUUUCUCCAAGUUUGGUGAGGUGACGGACGUUUUCAUCCCCAAGCCGUUCCGGGCAUUUGCAUUUGUCACUUUCCUCGACCCGGAGAUUGCAAUGGGUCUGUGCGGCGAGGACCACAUCAUCAAGGGUAUCUCAGUGCAUGUGUCCGAGGCCGCACCCAAGAGCGAGCUCAACGGCGGUCGCUCUUACGGCGGCAAUCGUGGUGGCGGCGGAGGUCGCGACCACAACAUGGGCAGGCCGAUGGGAGGCAAUCACUACCAACAGCACCAUCACGGUCACGGCCAUGGCCAUGGGGGCGGCAAUAUGGGACCCGGCGGCUGGAACCAGGGUGGCCAUAACCGAGGCUCGAUUGAUAUGCCCAAUCUGCAGGCGUUGGGCAUCACUGGUCAGGGAGGCCAGGGAGCGCAAGGACAAGGACAGAAUAUGAACAACCCUUUAGGGAUGGGGGCGCUCAAUUUGGGCGCCAUGCCUAUGAAUACAGCUCUUAUGGCGGCAGCUCUCAACCAGGCGGGUUGGGGCCUCAUUGGCUCUUUACAGGGCAACCAGGGGCAGCCGGCGGGGGACCAGGGGCAGCAGGGGUUUGUGGGGCCCAACCAGGGCGGGGCGGGGUUUGGGGCCGGCCCACCUGGCGGUCCCCAGGUGGCGCUCGUGGUGGCAAUGAUUCCUGCCGCUGAAUCAUAG